AUUGCAUGUGAAGCAUUUAGUGCUUAUCAAAACGUAUAAGAACAAUCUUUAAUAAACAAUACAGGAGACUUUGCAAAAAUACAGCGCAAAAAUGUUAAAGAAUUUUUCGCUUUUGGCUCUCGCCACACUUUUGUUAGUACAGUUCACCACCUGCCUUCCAAUGCCAUCCUCGUCUGAGUCAGAGGAGACAAAUACCAUUCCUCAGCGCACGACAGCGCAAACGACAACACCGGCGCCACCAGGUCAUACUGCCGCACAAAAGAGACUCGAGGCCCUUGUCUAUAAAAGCUACUCGAAUUUAUUGAAUUUCCAGCUACAGAGAUCUAACCAGAUAGCCAAGGAUGUGCUAGCCGAUCCAUCUAUGAACAACAUCGUUAGCGAUGCAAUGGAAAACGAAAAACGUCAACUUGAGAAAUUUGUUAAGGAUUCGAAGGAAUCGCUACUGGCAGCUUUACCCGCCAAUAAAAAUGAUCAACAAAAUCGUUUCUUCUUUGCUAUUGGCAAGGGCUUUGUCAUUGAGGAGUUUGAAGGUUUUGCGCGUAGACGUGCUUCUAAAACCGAGGAACUAACGCCAGAGCAGCAGGUUUCAUGGAAUGCUUUGGAGAAACAUGGUUUUCAGGAGUAUAAAAACGAUUUGGAAAAACGAGCCGAUGAAUUCUCUGGUUACUUGGUUGACGAAUUUGGUAACUUUAUAAAAACGCUGACACCUGCGGAAAAGGAAAAAGAGAAGGAUAUGGUGGAAGUGUGGAAUAUGUAUACGAACAACGUACUUGGUUUGAGCAAAACUGAAUUCGGCCAACGAUUGUUCGGAUUACUUUUCCAAUAUGAAACGAAAUACUAAGAUCCAUGCAUGGUUGGAAACUUAAAACGGUAUAUGUAUUUAUGAACGAAAACAAAUUUUACUUCUUACUUUGUCACUUGCUAUGAAAUGAGUUGGAAAAUUGUGAUCCUCAAAUUAAAGGUUAAGUUAAUUUUUA